UACCUUGCUUCAUGGUCUGGUAAAAAAAAAAAAAAUGGAAGCGUUAUGGCUACUGUUACCUAUUUUUACUCUACAUUUUUGUGGGGUAGAUUUCAGCACAGCGGAAAAAGGAGGAAGAUGGGAAAAGUACCUCAGCAAGAUCACUGAAGCCACCCGGACCUAUAGACCUUGUAGCUCACACAACUGCAGCUGCCAUCUCAGGGUCUUGGAGGAUGACCUGAAGCCGUUCCGGGCUGCCGGGGUGUCAGAGGAGCUGAUGGGGGACACGGUGCGCCGAAGCGUGGGGACGCACUACCAGAUCAUCGGGCACAAGCUGUACCGAGAGCAGAACUGCAUGUUCCCCUCACGGUGCAGUGGGGUGGAGCACUUCAUUCUGCAGGUGAUUGACAGGUUGCCUGACAUGGAGAUGGUGAUCAAUGUGCGGGACUACCCCCAAGUGCCUCAAUGGGUGCACCCAGCGCUGCCUGUCCUGUCCUUCAGCAAGACCUCAGAUUACCAGGACAUCAUGUACCCUGCCUGGACGUUUUGGGAGGGAGGCCCGGCGGUGUGGCCCAUAUAUCCCACGGGACUGGGUCGCUGGGACCUCAUGAGGGAUGACCUGAAAAAGUCCGCUGCGCUGUGGCCCUGGAAGAAGAAAGAGCCCAAAGGAUUCUUCAGAGGCAGCAGGACCAGCUCGGAGCGAGACCCCUUGAUACUGCUGUCCAGGGAGUCCCCUGGUCUGGUGGAUGCAGAGUACACCAAAAACCAAGCUUGGAAGUCUGAGAAGGACACGCUCGGGAAGCCCCCGGCCAAAGAGAUCCCGCUCGUGGAUCACUGUAAAUACAAGUACCUCUUCAACUUCCGGGGUGUGGCGGCCAGUUUCCGCUUCAAGCACCUGUUUCUGUGUGGCUCGCUGGUCUUCCACGUGGGGGAGGAGUGGCUAGAGUUCUUCUACCCCCAGCUCCGGCCCUGGGUCCACUACAUUCCUGUCAAACAGGACCUGUCCGACGUCAGGGAGCUGCUCCAGUUUGUGAAAGAAAAUGAUGGCGUUGUGCAGGAAGUGGCCAAGAGGGGUCAGCAGUUCAUUUUGGAUCACCUUCGCAUGGAGGACAUUUCCUGUUACUGGGAGAAGUUACUGACUGAGUUUAGUGGACUGCUGAAGUACAAACCCAAGAAGAGGCCUGGCUACAACCAGAUCAUCCAUAAGCCGGAGAAAUGGGAGCUGUGACCCGGGCUCCCAA